AUGCAGGAUCCUCACGAUAUUGACGAGAAGUUCAAGGUGCAUGACUCCAUAUUCCUGGAUGCUUCUUUCCCCUCAACAGCUAAGGCGUUGGAGGACGAGAAGACUGAGAUCAAGGAUUCCAAGCUACAGAUCGGAGCUGGUGUGUUAAAGCCGGAGGAACGCACGUCGUCGCUCCUCGAUAGAACCCGGCCGACUGCCUACGACGCCCUCAAGGAGGAAGAGAGGGAGAUAAAGGAACCACUCAAAAAGAAUCGGAGACUUGUAGCGGAGGUUCUCUUGACUCCGUGGAGAGACAUAAAGCGUAUUCUGAAGGAGCGUCGUGGUACAGCGUUAGCUGAGCAAAACCAAGCGGCGAGUGCAUCGCAAGAUGAAACUAAUGCGUCGCCACCGAUUGCGGUCAAGGACGAACCUGUCGAGGUGGGAGCAUCUUCCAUGGUCAAAAAAGAAGAGAUGACGGUAGAAGAGAUAGACGAGGCAUUCAGAAUGAUGGUGGAUCCAGAUGUCAAGAUCAAAAAGGAUUCCAAGUUCAGUUACGAAUUCGUUAGAGACCGCUUGAAGGCGGUUGGCUUUGAUAUCUAUCCUAUUCCCCUGGAUCUAGAGUCUACCAAGCUCAUGUUUCCGCGGUUGUAUAUCUCCCAGCUGUACGGUGGGAGCUUCGUCAACACUUUCCCCAAGAUUUCCGAGGAGAGGCUAGCCCUCCAUGGGAUCGACGAUUUCAUGUGCUUACAUACUGACUACAAUCCUCACGCACCUACGACGGCGGGAAGUAACGGACUAUUUUUCACUCGACAGCGAGCGGAAGGAGCAUGGUACCGGCCCCAUCCCAUGCGAGUCCUUGUUCUCUGCGCAGAAGGUCGAUGGCGCUAUGUUGGACAAUACGCGCUGUUUCCUUCAGAAUCACUGACCACAGACGAGUUUAGCACCCAGACUGACAAAGUCAAGAAGAGGUGGUCAGAAGAGAUGCUCAAGAAGGGCUGGGGGGAGCAAGUUCGCAUGCGUGUAUAUCUCCGUCGGAUCCAAGUUGAAUUUUCCGACGCCGAGGUGAUGGAGCUAUGCAAGGACAAGCCGUUCCUCAGGAAGAUCACGGCGAAGUUGACCUGGCAGGACAUCAUGCGCGCCUAUGAAGUUGGAGAAGAGGAAAUCGGAGUAUGGGUGAUGAAAUGUGUGGGUUAUGACGUGAAAUUCCAGAAAUUUCUCAUCAACAACUUCGACAUGUUUGUCUCCUCCAUGGAGAAAGCGAAGAGGGGUGGCCGGAAACCGAAAACCUCUGGCAGAACACAACGAGGCAAGAAGAAAUCGUCGGAUCAAACAGCUCCCAAGACAGGCUCGAAGCGUAAGCGAGUUGUAGACUCCGAAUCAUCUGACAAAUCGGACGAAGAUGUGGACGAGGAAGGAGAGGAAGAGGACGAAGUGUCCGCGUCGAGAAACCCAUCUACUAUCCCCGAAGCACGAGAUCGCGACCUAUCAUGA